AUGGCCGAGAGCAGCAAGGACGGCGCCGACGGCAACCAGAGCGACAAUGCCAACGGGCCCCGACCGGCCGGGAACGCAGUCGAUGUUCAUGCUCUGCUUGAGAUGGUAGCCGAGAGGCACAGAAACUCUUCACGGCUUCCGGUGGUGCACAGCGGUGUUCCGGCAAAUGUUGCCAUGCGAGCACUGUUGGACGUGGAGGAGGAAGGUUGGCGAGAAGACCUUCGCGACCCCAACACCACCGAAGAAGAACGCGUUGCAAUUGAGGAGACGCUGAGUGGCAUCCAGUCACACCGGCGCUGGCUCGAUUUUGUACAAUCUGUUGUUGAACCCUCCAAGUAA